AUCGCAGCUCUGAGAGCUGAGAAUGCUGCAGAACAGGCUCGUUUAACGUGACAGUUUUUUUUUCUUUUAUUUACCUGCAUGCUUCUUUAGUUCGUCGUUUCCUAACACCAUACAGGUGUUUUUAUUUAUAAUAGUUCAGAUUUAUUUUAUAUUAUUUUCAUUUUUCCUUCUAUUCCUGGGAAAUUAUGAGCCCAUCUUGGGAGCAUCCUUCCUCCUGUUGGCUGGAAUCAUGAUUGAUCAGCUUUACUUUAAGCUCCCAGUCCAUCAGUCAGGUCCAAGCAGCACAGAGCCCUGAACUAAAUUGUCUUCAACUUUCUUCAGCAUCUUCGACGUAGCCAGCUGCAGAAGGUUUUUUUUCUUUUCUUUUCUUUUUUAUUUUUUGCACUUGAGGAUUGUGGAAGCAGCCAUGAGGAGCAAAGGGAGCACAUGUUCACUCCUCAUCUACCUGCUGCUGCUCACAGUUCUCUGGGAAGUCAGAUCAGUGAGUGCCGAUGCUGCAUCUGAUGAUUUCAAAACCAACAUCACACUGUUCACACGCAUCCUGGACAGACUGCUGGAUGGGUACGACAAUCGUCUACGGCCUGGUCUUGGAGGAGUAUACCAUAGAUGUUUUCUUCCGGCAAAGCUGGAAAGAUGAGAGGUUGAAAUUUCAUGGUCCAAUGAACAUUUUGCCUUUGAACAACCUCAUGGCGAGUAAGAUCUGGACUCCAGACACCUUCUUCCACAAUGGGAAAAAGUCUGUGGCUCAUAACAUGACCAUGCCAAAUAAGCUGUUAAGGAUUCAAGAUGAUGGGACACUGCUGUAUACUAUGAGGUUAACAGUGCAUGCAGAGUGCCCAAUGCAUCUGGAGGAUUUCCCCAUGGACUUUCAUUCCUGUCCACUAAAAUUUGGCAGCUGUGAGUACACAGUGAUGACGGCUCAUUUCCAUCUGAAGAGGAAGAUUGGCUACUUUGUCAUUCAGACGUACCUGCCGUGCAUCAUGACAGUUAUUCUCUCCCAGGUGUCCUUCUGGUUGAACAGAGAAUCUGUGCCAGCCAGGACUGUGUUUGGUGUGACCACCGUUCUCACAAUGACAACACUGAGUAUCAGUGCAAGAAACUCCCUGCCUAAGGUGGCCUACGCCACUGCCAUGGACUGGUUUAUUGCUGUCUGCUAUGCCUUUGUGUUCUCCGCUUUGAUCGAAUUUGCCACUGUCAAUUACUUCACGAAGCGAGGCUGGGCCUGGGACGGGAAGAGUGUUGUGAGUGAAAAGAAGAAAGAAAAGGCGUCUGUGGUGAAGAAGAACAAUGCCUACGCUGUGGCCGUGGCCAACUACGCUCCUAAUAUCAGCAAGGACUCCAGCACACUUUCCACCAUUGCCAAAGGCAGCGCUGUGGAUCCCAGCAAGCCAAAAGCAGAUGGCAAAGCCCCGGAAAGCAAAAAGACAUUCAACAGUGUGAGCAAAAUUGACAGGAUGUCACGGAUUAUGUUUCCGGUUCUCUUUGGCUCUUUCAACCUUGUCUACUGGGCCACCUAUUUGAACAAAGAACCCAUUAUAAAAGAUAUGGUUCCAUCAAAUUAGACACCCUAUUCUAAUGGUUUCUUGGUCUGGGGAAGAUUAACCAAAUACCUCCAUCAACUGUGUAAACAUACUUUUACAGUCCAAGACUGUAGUGUGAUCCUCUAUCUCUGCCUGUUUUCUACACUGUUUGCAGCACUUUUGAAAAACCUGGCUUUUGUAAAAGUGUAUGUAUAUUUCUAUUUAACGUUACAUGGUGUGCCGUUCAUUCAAGUACGUAUUUCCUUAAAAGUAUGUUUCCACUUACAAUAUGUGGCCACUGUAAAUACAAAUAAAAUUACGUGUAGACACAUAAGCAUUACCACAAACAUUUUAUUUAGGUGCUGAGUUAUGCUGGUAAUACCAACCUACCUGUUAUUACAGUAUACAUGUUUCUUUGGAUUGAAAGGGACUGAUUAUUUCUCUAGUUUAUUGCAAUAUAAGAGUGACUCUUUUUCUUAUUGUCCAAGCCAAUUAAAAAGCACUUAUGUGAUAUUGUUAUAGUUUUUUUUACAUGUUUAUGUAUUUUAUGUAUAGGAGCAGGUGAAGGCUGUAAUCAAACACUGAUUCCCAGUUUAAUUUGAACAGUCUUGACUGAAUCGGUUCAGAAAAUAAAUUAACAGCAUGUGUGGUGUACUA